CUCUCUUUCAACCUUCAAAACUUAUAAUCUUCCCACUACACUACACUAUUCCUGCCUAGCUUCACUUUCUUUCCUUCCUUCCUUCUCUUGCCUAUGAUCAAUGGCUGUAGCAAGCUUUUCUUCUCCUCACAUCCUGCUUCAAAAUUCUGGUUCAAUCAUAAAGCCUAAAGGCAAAACUAUGAUGCUUCAACACACUCAGGUUCCGCUCAAGAAAUCUCCUGCACUUCAACCCAGAUCAUCUUACAAACACAAGGUAUUUGAGAAUCAAUCUGAGGGCAUAAUUUGUUACAGAGAUGAAAGUGGAGAGAUCAUUUGUGAAGGAUUUGAUGAAGGUCCUCGGUUCCAUCAACAGUUUCCAAGAACAGCAUAUCAUUCAACUUCAAGAGAUGCAGAGAUUAUCAAUCUGCUUCAACAAAGAUUGCUUCAAGUUGUUAAUGGUGGGGAGUUUAACAACUCUGACAAAGGAGUUGCUGCUGUGCAAGAAGACUUCGAAUGGGAAGGCUUUAACAAAUUCUGCUGAUCAAUCACUAACUCUAGCCUCAUGUUCGUCAAUGUGCUUAAAAUAAUUUGCAUCGAUAUGGAAAGAAGUAUUUCAUUUCUUACAAUAUCAGAAUGUAAUUAAAUGCCCAGCAUAAACCUUAAUCAUAUUUCCCAUAUUUUGUAA